CGGCACACGCAGCGCGAGCGCGCGCGUCGCCGGCGGGUUCGCGAGAUAGCGGCGUCGACGUCGCAGUAGGUUAGGCGCGUAGCGCGUUUCGAAGAAGCUUUUGGACUGACCUUCCCGUCGCGCGCUUCCGUCUCGUCGUCGCGCCCGAGGGAAUCGUCGCGGACGAUACGUUCUUCUGAGAUCGAGAGAGACCUUCGUUCCAUUCACUCGCCACUCGCGGCUGUCGCCCCCCGGGAAGCGCUGAUACGUCACCCACGCGCGCGUCGUCGUGAAACACGCGCGACGCGUUAGGCAGAGCUCAGUCGCGGCGUCCGUACAUCGUUCACUCCGUCGCGUGGAUUUAGGGCUCUCUCGUGGGAAAUUAAUUCCCGCGCGAAGGAGGAGGACCGGCGGAUCUCGCUCGGAUCGGACCCCGCCUCGACCGACGCCGGUCGAGCGCGUCCGUCGUCGGCGUCGUCGUCCGUCGCGCGUCUCGCGCGAACGGCGUGGACGCGCGUCGACGCGAUCGACGCGAUCGGCGGCGUCAUGGACGCGGAGGAGACGGCGCGCGACGACGACGUCGCCGAGCCGGAAGCGACGACGCCGGCGUCCGUCCGCGAGCGCGAGGAUGAGCCCUCCGCCGCGGACGAGGCGGAGGCGGCGAUCGACGACGACGACGACGACGACGACCGCGCGCGCGCGUCCUCGCCGCUCGCGGACGUCGAGAUGGACGACGCCGGGCCGUCCGGCGACGGCCCCGAGGACGACGACGAGCCUCAGGAGGAGGAGGAUCUGGACGACAUCGACGGCGACACCGCGAGCGAAUCCUCGGAAGACGACGAGGCUGAUCGCGCCGAGGACGCGAUGGAAGAAGACGAGGGAGAGGAUGACGACGAAGAAUUAGAAGACGACGCCGAAGAUAUCGCAGACGCGCCUCCCGAGCCGACGGGGCGGGCGAACGUAGAAGAAGACCCCAAAGUAGAGACGCCGAGCGCGACGACGAUUAGCGACGCCGCGAACGAGGACGUGGACGCGGAAGACAUACUCGCGGAGAUUUCCCUCGCCGGACGCCAGGAACUAGACGCAUGCGCAAAGUCCUUGCUCGCGAGCGGCUCGAAGGACGUCUCCGACGACGUCGCCGCGGCGUUCGCGACGAAGCACGAUCUGAAACCGCACGAGAUCAAAGUCGCGGUGUCGCACUUGUACGACGCGCACGCGGAGAAAAUCGCGGUCGCGGCCGCGGCGGCGGCGAGCGCGUCCCCGGUCAGCGCGGCGGCGCCGAUCGUGCUGGACGCGUCUCCGGCGAAGCCCGCGGCGGCGAAGAAAAAUCCCGCCGCGACGGCGCACGGGGGACUCCCCGGGAAGCCGCUCGCGGCCGCGUCGUCCCCGUCCGCGAAACCCGCGACCGCGACCGUGACGUUCGCGACGAAGACCGGGAUCAGCGCCGAGGUCAGGGUCGACCUCGUCUGCGGCCCGGCUAGGGGCACGCUGGUCCUCCCGAAGGGGUACAAGCAGAAGCAGGAGUACGUCGUGUAUCCGGACGGACGGAAGAUAUCGCCCGCGGCGUUUGAACGCGACGGCGGGAAGGAAAAGUCCAAGAGCUGGAAGAAUUCUUGCAUCGUGGUCACGAGCGAUGCGUUUAACGGGAAGACCUUCAAGCGCUGGGUCGAUGCCACGGGGUACCACCCGGUCGGGACGGAGAUCGAAGGCGCCGCCGCGCCCGCGGACGAGAAGAAGAAAAAGUCGAAAAAAUCGUCCAAGGAAAAGUCCAAGAAAGCGGAAGAGGAGGACGAGGAAGAGGUCGAGAAGUCCGUGUUCGAGAGGAACCUCGAGCCGCUCUUGGACGACGCCGGGGGGAUCAAGGCGAUCGACAUGACCGGUCGGUUCGUGUGGCUGAUGCGAAACGCGUUGAAAAACGCGGAGCGGUCGCUCGUGAUCUCCGUGAUUCACCGCACGUCGAAACCCAUCAUGCGAUCGUUCGUGGACGGCUCCGACGGCGUCAAGGUGCUGUACGAGUGGUGCGCGGCCGCGAGGGACACGAACAAGUCUUCGCUCGUGUUGAAGAUUUUGAAGACGCUGCGGAAACUCCCGGUCACGUUCGCGGUGCUCGAGAAGACCCCGGAGUUUGCAAAGUUUGUCAACAAGCUUCGCAAAUACGCGCCGCCGGGGAAAGAGUCCGAGGAUCUGACGAUUCAGGUCCAGGAUAACGCGAUGGAGUUGAAAGCGAAGUGGGUGAAGAUGAUCACCGCGGAGAACGCGGCGAAGGAAGCGGCCGCGGCGAAGAAAGCGGCCGCGGCGAAAGCGGCGGCGGCGCCCCCGGUGGUCGGGGUCAAGCGCGACGCCGCCGCCGCCGCCGCCGCCGCCGCGACGGCGGCGGCGGCGAAACGCCCGCGCGUCGACGCGGUCCCGACGCCGCCGCAGCCCGCGGUCGCGAAGCCGACCCUGAACCCUAAGCCCGCGGCGCCCGCGCCGACGAAGAUCGCCGCGCCCGCGCCGUCGUCCACGAAGAUUGGCUCGGUCGCGACGACGACGAAGGUGACGACGACGAAGGUGACGACGACGAAGGUGACGACGACGAUCUCGCGGCCGGCGUCCUCCGCGCUCUCCUUCGGCGGAAUCAACAUCCGCGGCGCCGGGUUCCCUUCCAAACCCUCGGGCGGCGACGCGUCGAAGGCGACGAGCGCCAAGCCCGCGAAGCCGGCGUCGCCGCCGCCGCCGAAGUUCAAGUACAGCAAGCCGACCAGCGCGCGCGCGAAGAAGGGGCUGUCGUGGGCGGCGGACACCGCGCUCGAGGCGGUGCAGUUCUUCUUCAAAGACGACGCCGCCGCGAAGCCGCCGUCGCCGCCGUCGAUCUCCCGCGCGGACGCGGACGGAGGCAAGGACAAGGACGACGACGAGAACGAGACGGAGGACGACGCGGAGGCGAUGAAGAAGGCGCGGCAGAGGCAGGAGCGCGAGCUCGCCGCGGAGGCGCGCGCGGCGAAUCUCACGCGUCAGCGUCGCCUCAACGAGAUGCGCGCGAUCGGGUCGUGGCGCCGGCCCGUUACGUACGUCUAUCCGAAAGACGUCGAGAUCGAGUCCGGGAGCGAGUCCACGGAGGCGAAGCGCAUGGCGCAGCGCGUGUCCAGGGUUCCGGAGACGACGUACGCGAUGGCGUCGUUGAUUCCCGCGUCGCCGGGGGAGGCGCCGGGGGAGGCGCCGCACGACGACGCGAAGACGCCAGCGGUGCCCGUCGUCGCGGCGAAGCAGCAACCGCAGCAGCAGCAGCAGCAGCAGCAGCAGCAGGGGUCGUCGAUGCACCAGAACCAGUACGCGUCCGCGCAGCAGCAGCAGCAGCACCAGCAGCAGGGCGGCCAGGGCGGCGGGUUCGACGCCAACGCGUUGCAGGCGCUCCUCGCGUCGGUGCAGUCAGGGGCGCUGAAGGGCGGCGGCGGCGGCGGCGGCGGCGGCGGCGGCGCGAGCAACGGCGUGGCGCCGCUGCCGCCGCCGCCGAGCGGCGGAAACGGCGGCGGGUACGGCGGCAACCCGCCGAUGCCUCGCGGGCGACCCCCCGCCGCGCAUCAUCAGCAGCAUCAGCAGCAGCGAGACCAGGGCCAGGGCCAGGGUCAGGGCCAGGGCCAAAAGGGUCAGGGCCAGGGCGGCGGGUUCAACGACGGGUGGACGCCGCAGCAGCCCGGCGGCAUCUGCGCGUUUUUCAACACCCCGAAGGGAUGCCGGCACGGCGACGCGUGCAAGUUUAGUCACAUCCCGGGCGCGCCGACGCCCGCGCCGGGGAAUUUUCCGCCGAAGAAUCCGUCGAGUCGGUACGGCGCGUUCCGAUAGCGGGUUCCGAUAGCGGAGGAAGAGGAGGGGGAGACGCGGGGACGGAGGGAGACGAACGAACGAAGAAUUUCUUUUUUCGCGCCCGAGGAACGGAGAGAGGGCUCGAUGGAUCAUCGGAUCGAUCGAUUAGCACACACACUAGUAGCGCUCGCGACUUGGGGUUGAUAGUGACUUAGACGACCUCGACUACGAACUCGCUUCAGUCGCGCGUGGAUCAGACGCCGCGCCGCGCGCGAGACGUACAGAGCCGAGAAAGCGAGUAUGGGUCAACCAGGUUCAAAGGCGCGAAAGAGUGGUGCGUUGAAAUAGGCACGUUGAAACUAAAAUUUGAAACU